UAAUCCACGCCACAGUCACCUUAACAAUCCACAUACAAGACCGUUCAUCUGUGAACGGAUUAUUCAAAUGAGUUCCUUACAUCUGGCAGAUGGUUCCGAGAAGCCAGCGGAAGUGGAAGGUCAGGCGCGGCUCUAUAGCAUGGUGUAUUGUCCCUUCGCUCAUAGAAUACGUCUCGUGCUGAGUCUGAAGCAGGUCCCACACGACAUUGUCAAUAUCAAUUUGCAGAGCAAACCGCAGUGGUUUCUUGAAAUUCAUCCGGAUGGCAAAGUACCAAUUUACAUAGAUUCAGAUGGUACAAUAAUAACAGAUUCUGUCGCAGUGGCAAACUAUAUAGAUGAGAAGUACCCUGAACCUCCUCUAUACAACGACGAGACAAAGAGUCGUGAUUUAGAGUUGUUAGAUCAUUUCUCUAAGAUUAUGGAUACUUUUGCAAAUUGCAUAUUUGGCAAAGACAAGAGACAGUUUGAAGAAAUUCUCACUGAGGUAACGGAUGAUUUACAAGAAUUUGAAGACGAGCUUAAUGUACGCAAGACAACCUUUUUCGGAGGGAGUAAUCCAAAUAUGUUAGACGUUCUAAUAUGGCCUUGGUUUGAGCGUGCAAAAGCUCUGACUAUACUUUACAAACAGCGUGCAAGUCUUGACAAGGAGAGAUUUCCUCGUAUUAUGGAAUGGGUAGAUGGAAUGAAAGAUCAGUCAUUCGUUCUAAAACAUAGAGGCUCGUAUGAAAAAUUUGCAAAAUUCGUAGAAGCUGUAAAAACAAGAAAUGUUGAUUAUGACAAUCUUUAA